UGGUUUCUGCAGCAGGGCACCGUUAGCAGGAAACCAGAGGCUCCCAGACUGUCCAUUUUACUUUAAGGCGAAACAAAGAGCAAGCACUCCCUCCUCCAGCGAAAGCUGCUCUUCGCAGUCAAACAAAACAUCAACAAAAGAAAAAAAACAAAGAAAAGAAAAGAAAGUGACGUUUGCGUUUGUUUGGCGCCGUUGUUCUGAUGGGAAAAAGUUUUCUCUUGGUUUCCACAACCAGUCGUCUGAUUUAACAACUUUACAUCAAGCCUGAGCGGAAAAAAGAAGAGGAAAGAUGCCGAAAACGAUUAGUGUAAGAGUCACCACAAUGGACGCUGAACUGGAGUUCGCCAUUCAGCCCAAUACAACAGGAAAGCAGCUCUUUGACCAGGUUGUGAAGACCAUCGGGUUGCGAGAGAUCUGGUACUUUGGCCUCCAAUACCAGGACACAAAGGGCUUCUCCACAUGGCUGAAGCUCAAUAAAAAGGUGACAGCCCAGGAUGUGAGGAAGGAAAGCCCGCUGCUGUUCAAGUUCCGUGCCAAGUUCUUCCCCGAGGAUGUUUCAGAGGAGUUAAUCCAGGAUGCCACACAGCGGCUGUUCUUCCUGCAGGUGAAGGAGGCGAUCCUAAACGAUGACAUCUACUGCCCCCCGGAGACGGCGGUGCUGCUGGCCUCGUACGCCGUGCAGGCCAAGUUCGCCGACUACAACAAGGAGGUCCACACGCCGGGCUACCUGAACGGCGAGCACCUGCUCCCUCAGAGAGUUCUGGAUCAGCACAAACUCAACAAGGAGCAGUGGGAGGAGAGGAUUCAAGUGUGGCACGAGGAACACAAGAGCAUGAUGAGAGAGGAGUCCAUGAUGGAGUAUCUGAAAAUUGCUCAAGACCUGGAGAUGUACGGAGUCAACUACUUCAACAUCAAGAAUAAGAAGGGGACGGAGCUGUGGUUGGGCGUGGACGCUUUGGGGCUCAACAUUUAUGAACAGAACGACAAAAUGACUCCCAAAAUCGGAUUUCCUUGGAGUGAAAUAAGGAACAUUUCCUUCAACGACAAGAAGUUUGUCAUCAAACCAAUCGACAAGAAAGCUCCCGACUUUGUGUUCUACGCUCCGAGACUGCGCAUCAACAAGCGCAUUCUGGCUCUGUGCAUGGGCAACCACGAGCUGUACAUGCGCCGCCGCAAGCCCGACACCAUCGAGGUGCAGCAGAUGAAGGCCCAGGCUCGCGAGGAGAAGAAUCUCAAAAAGAUGGAGAGAGCUCUCCUAGAGAAUGAAAAGAGAAAAAGAGAAGUUGCAGAAAAGGAAAAGGAGAAAAUUGAAAAAGAAAAGGAGGAAUUGAUGGAACGACUAAAGCAGAUCGAGGAGCAGACGAAAAAAGCCCAACAAGAGCUGGAGGAGCAGACGCACAGGGCCCUGGAGCUGGAGCAGGAGAGGAAGCGGGCUCAGGUGGAGUCUGAGCGUCUGGAGUCUGAGCUGAAGGGAGCCGAGGACGCCAAGAUGGCGCUGCUGCAGCAGUCGCAGAGUCAGAUGAAGAACCAAGAACAUCUGGCCACAGAGUUAGCUGACCUGACCUCAAAGAUCUCCCUACUGGAGGAUGCCAAGAAGAAGAAGGAGGAUGAGGCCCUGCAGUGGCAGGAGAAGGCGACCACAGUGCAGGAGGACCUGGAGAAGACCAAAGAAGAGCUCAAGAACAAAGUGAUGACAGCUCACAUCCAGGAGCCUAUGAAUGCGGAGAACGAGGACGAUGAGAACGACGAGAGCAGCGCGGAAGCCAGCGCCGAGUUCACCGCCGCAGCCACCUACAAGGACCGCAGCGAGGAGGAGCGGAUGACGGAGGCCGAGAAGAAUGAACGCCUGCAGAAACACCUACUGGCUCUGAGCUCAGAGUUGGCCAACGCUCGCGAUGAGACCAAGAAAACCGUCAACGACAUGAUCCACGCAGAGAACAUGAAAGCUGGACGAGACAAGUACAAGACCCUCAGACAGAUCCGGUCAGGAAACACCAAACAGCGAAUCGAUGAGUUUGAAUGCAUGUGAUGCGCGCAUUCGCCGACGCAAAGGCCCGCUGAGCUGGGCCGCGCUGCCUGGACUGUGGUCCUGCCUCGCUCGAGCUGUCUUCUCUACCCAAACGAGACAGAUCCACAACAAACAGCACAAUUUUCAAACGUGGAUCUGGAAAACAAUUCCAUUUGUUAUUAUUUUAAAUUUUACAUUUAGAUAAGUCACUGGUUGAAAAGGGACAUACUGUGUUUUGGUAGUACAUUCCUGACAAGGGGUUUAUGUAGCAUAUUAGCAAAGGGCUCGCACCUCUCUUCAUGUCACAUUGAUCAAGAAGCUUUCGUUUCUUCAUAUAAUUUUGUCUCUUUUCUAUUGUGAUUUUAAAAUAAAAGCCUCUGACACCAAUUCAAAUUGGGCAACAGUUGAAAACUGGGCUGCAGACAUAUUUCUGCUGGACACGUGCAACGGUUCCUCUGAGAAAGCUGACACUGCUUCUCCUUCCCAUGAUGCAUUCGUGCAGUUUAAAAAUAAAUUGCACUGUAAUCUUCUUGAGCAAAUGCGUACAAUAUGACUGAAGUGUCUGUAAAAAGCAAUAAUAGAGCAGUAUUAUAAUUUUUUUUUAGUUACAAACUAUGUGCUUUUCCAUUGACUGCAUUCUGCCAACUGCUACAAAUCAUACAGUAUUUACAACCCACAAUGUGACAUUAAAGAUUUCCUUUUCAUUUA